AUGUCAACUGAAUCAAAUGUGGUUGGUAAUAUGCAUACCAAUGAUUCAACUGACGAAGAUGCGAGUGAUGAUGAUUUUUUAUUUACUGAUGAUAUUGUUGUAAAUUUUGGGGAUGUAAUAAUGCUUAAUUGCUUUGUUACCAGCAAAAGUAGUGUCAUCGGCAGGAAGCAGCUGUUGAAAGAUGGAAAAAAAGUGAGCGUUGAGGAGGGCAUAGCUAUGUUUUUUAUGAUUGUAGGGCACACUACACGAUAUAGUAUUAUUGGUGAUAGGUUUCAACAUUCUAACAACACGAUACACAAGUGGUUUAAACGAGUAUUACGGGCUGUUUGUUCACUUGGCACAGAGAUAAUAUGUCCAACACAUCAAAAUGUGCCACAUGAGCGGAUUUUGCGCAAAUUUCCUUACUUUAAGGAUUGCAUAGGCGCAAUAGAUGGAACACAUGUUGAAGCUUGGGCACCUACAUCAAGACAAACAUCUUUCCGUGGAAGGAAAACCAAUAUAACACAAAAUGUGAUGUUGACAUGUGAUUUUGAUAUGAAGUUCACAUUUGUGUAUUCUGGAUGGGAAGGCACUGCUAAUGAUUCGCGAGUAUUCAUUGAUGCAGUCACAAGAACUUCAAACAACUUUCCAAUGCCACGCGGAGAUCAAUUUUACCUUGUUGAUUCUGGUUAUCCAAACAUGCCUGGUUUUCUUGCCCCUUAUCGAGGACAAAGAUAUCAUCUGCGUGAUUAUCUUGGACGAGGAAGACCGCGUGGAAAGGAAGAACUGCUCAACUAUAGACAUUCCUCGUGUCAUAGCUUGUUUGCUGAGUUUUCAUCAGAGAAUAUGGUAUUUCAAGAUAUGCCGGAGUCAAGUCAAGAUCAAGGAGCCAUACAAUUUGAUGCUAGUCAAACAGCUCAAAUGGGACAAGUCAGGGAUCAAAUUGCUACACAAAUGUGGAAUGACUUUUCAAGGAGUCGUACAUGA